ACGAAUUUGAUUGGAUGGGUGAGUAUAUCACCGGCGCUCGCUGGUACAUAUUUUCGUAGCGCAGCACCCUUGGCAGGUAUUCUGUGCCUUGCCGUUCAAACUGUCGUGGUCUCUUCACGUUAGUAGUUCGAGCGAGUUCAGCGGCGUUGGAAACUUUUCCUGGAAGUAUUGCUGUCGCGCUUAGCUUGAACGGGCUCACUGGUGACCCCUGGGCCUCCCUUAUUUGACGGGCACCAUCGCAGUCAUCUUGAUUAACGUACGAGUCGCAGAACGCUGUCCUUGAUUAUGAACGCCGCUUCGUCAAAUGACGAUUACGAAUGGAUCGAGGAUGCGUAUGUACCUCCUCCGCAGAUGCCUACGGAAUACAGGCAUUACGGCGAACGAACCGGCGGUGGUGAAGCAUCUGCAGGUCGGGGCCGUGGCCGAGGCAGCUGUGACAGACCGAACGCGCCGCGCCGCGAUUUCGAAGAGUUCAUGGUGCCAUCCAAGGACGUAGCUAGAAUCAUUGGCAGAGGCGGCUCCAGGAUUCGUGAACUCCAGGAUUCCAGCGGUGCGCGAAUCUGGAUAAAGAAGGACGAUGGAGAUAACAAUUUUUACGAAACCAAGGUCCAGGUCUCUGGCCCGGAAGAGGCGCGUCGCAAAGCUCGCGAGCUCAUCGACGCUAUCGUCAAACCGCCUGAAGAACCACCUUGCCCGAGCAAAAGCGCAGACCCGCCGCCUCUGAUCGACUGGGCUAAGCUGCUUGCCAGGAGCGACGAAGAAACCAAGAAACGUUGGGCCUCACUUGCGCCGAUAGUGAAAAGCUUUUACGUCGAAGAUCCUCGCGUUGCCUGCAUGUCUGCGGCUGAGGUAGCAGUCUUCAGGGCAGAAAGCAAUAAUAUAGUCAUCAAGUAUCUGGGACCGGAAGGUGAGCCGCCAUUGGAUGUGAGAACCAAUCCCGUGAGAACGUUCGAGGAGGCGUUUUCCAACUUCCCGGAAAUCUUGGACGAGAUCUACAAGAACCAGUUCGAGAAGCCAACCCCGAUUCAGAGUCAGGCCUGGCCGAUACUUCUCCAGGGUCAAGACCUGAUCGGCAUCGCACAGACGGGUACGGGAAAGACGCUGGCCUUCCUACUGCCAGCCAUGAUUCACAUCGACAGCCAGCCAGUUCCAAGGGAAGAGAGGAAAGGGCCGUCCUGUUUGAUUCUCGCUCCGACACGCGAGCUCGCUCAACAGAUCGAGCGCGGCCAAAAGUACAACUACCGAGGCAUCAGAUGCGCGUGCAUCUACGGUGGGGGCAGUCGCAGGGAGCAGGUACAGACCGUGAACCUCGGCGUGGAGAUUGUCAUCGCUACUCCCGGCCGCCUCAAUGACCUGGUCUUGAACAAUAUUAUUAACCUAAACUUCGUUACAUUCCUGGUCCUGGAUGAAGCAGAUCGCAUGCUCGACAUGGGCUUUGAGAUCCAGAUCAAGAAGGUGAUGCUGGACAUAAGGCCCGACCGGCAGACUGUCAUGACCAGUGCCACCUGGCCAGAAGGUGUGCGUCGCCUCACUGACCAGUACAUGACGAACCCGUUCCAGGUGUUCAUUGGUACUUUGGAUCUGGCCGCAGUGCACACAGUGACUCAGAAAGUCGUCGUCUGCGCAGAAGAGGAUAAGAGGGACCACCUGUUAGCCUUCUUUGACUCGAUGCUACCUGAUGACAAGGUCAUAGUCUUCGUCGACCGGAAGGCGAUGGUGGACCACUUGACGAGCGACUUAGUGCUGUCCGGCAUCAACUGCGAUUCCAUCCACGGCUCCAGGGAACAAUGUGAUCGCGAGCAAGCGCUGGAAGACCUACGGAGUGGAAGAGUGCGUAUCUUGAUUGCCACGGACGUCGCUGCCCGAGGUUUGGACAUCAAAGACGUGACGCACAUCUUCAACUAUGACUUCCCUCGCAACGUGGAAGAGUACAUUCACCGUGUGGGUCGUACAGGUCGAGCUGGACGCACAGGGGUGGCCAUCACGCUUAUCACUCGCAACAACUGGAGGCAGGCUCGUGAGCUCGCCAAUAUCCUGGAAGAAGCCAGCCAAGAGGUCCCCGCUGAGCUCUAUGCGAUGGCUGACCGUUUCGCAGCCUGGAAAGAGCGACAAGCCGAGGAAGAGCGCAGCUUUGGCAUGGAUCGUGGCAGCCGCGGCGGUGGAUUCCGACAAGGAGGAAGAGGUGGUGGAGGUUGGGGGGGCGGUGGGGGUGGUCGCAACCGUUGGUGAGAGAACAAUAGGUGCGAUAUGGUCGUCGUAACAGGUUUAUUGUUAGUAUCAUGUUGCAUGUCAUCAGAUCACCGUGAAUUGUUCAUUUCUAUGUAGUUUUCUUUUUUAUAUUAGAUUUUUAUUAUGGACAAGUGACAAUAAACUGUUUAUCAUCGCCUUG